AUGUCAGAUUAAGUCAAAGAGUUAAUCGAGGAAAUGAUUCCUAAAAUUAGAGAAGAAAUCAUAAGGGAGUUGAAACCCCAAUAUGAAGCUCAAUAUUUUGAGUAGAUGAACUAAGCAAAAUAGGAAAUAGCAGGUUCUCAAUUCAUUAGUAAUCAAUUGGCAGAAAAACGAAGAGAGCUGGCAUAAUAGAUUAUGAAUUAAAUUGAGUAGGAGUUCGAGCAAGAAAAACAAUCUCUGAUUCAUAAUGUUUCUGUGAGUUUGAGCAAAAGCAGAUCAAUGCAAGUCUUAGAAUAAUAGUAUUAAUUAAUGAGAAUAAAUAGAUUGAGAUAAAAAAUACAGAAAGAAUACAAUGGUUAUGUAGAGGAGGAAGUGAGGAAAAAAAUCCAUUUGAUCAAAUUGAAUUGCUAAAAGACCUAUGAGGAGGAUAGAGUCUAGAUGAAAGACUAAAUGACAAAUGAAUUCACUGAGAAGCUCUAGAUUCAUUUAGAAUAGCUUGAAUAAACAAAAUCGCAAUUGACAGUUGACUAUCAAAAUUAGAGAGAGAAAUUGUUAAGAAUAGAGGCUGAAACCAAAUAAUUCUAAUCUUAAAAAGAAACUCAAGAAAAUACAUAUGGAUCGCAGAUUUAAGAAAUUCACGAGUAGAUCAAAUUGCUCCAGGAUCAAUUAUCAUAAAUUAAGGCUUUAAAACAUUAAGCCGUCAAACAAAAACCUCAAAAGAAGGAAGUAAUUUAACCUUAGCAAAAUGACACACAAUCACAAUUGUCACCUUAUCAAUCGGCAAUCAAAAACCAAGUCCUUCAAGAAUGCUUAAUUUAUGAUGGAUUGAACAUUGCCAAUUUUGAUGAAUUACCAGAUUUAUUUCAUUUGGAAAUUAAAUAAAAUGUAAAUGAGAAUAAGUAAUCAGCUUAAAAUAUGAUUCCAUAGUAUGAGUCAAAUCAUAUUUAAAAAUCAGAGAUUGCCUAAACUAUAAACACCUAGAUUAAUACUCAUGAUAGUUAGAUUAUUUCAUUCAAUAUAUCCUAACCUUCAAUUGUUAAGAAUACUGUUAAUCAUACUUAAAAUAACAUAAGUUCAACUUAAUAAAAGUAAUAGUUCUCUUAACAAUAAUAAAUUUAGAAGCAAUCAUAAAUCCAAUAAGAAAAGGAGAAUGAUCCUUCUAUAUACGGUAUAAGUAAUUUUUAAAAACGAUCCUCACAAUCUCCUAAUCAAUAAAGAAAUAGUUAGUAGGAUGAAUAAACCAAGAAAUCCUCAUUCAUCAAUCAGUCAACAAUAAUAGAGAAGUUGGAAAAUCUGUGCAAGGAGAAGAUUAGACAGUCACAGACAAGUAACAAUUAAAGAUAAUCAAAAAUCCUAUUGCCUCAAGACCAUUUUGAAGAACUCUUUUAGAUAGAUUCAAAAGAUAAUCAAACUACUAGAAAUAUCAAAUUAUUAAGAUAAGAGUUGUAAACAAAAUUUUUAGAGGACAUCUAAUUAGAAGACUAUUAUUUCCAAUAGAUUACUUUCUUCAAGUUAAAUUUUGUUUAAUAGUACCCAAAAAACUAGUAAUCUCAAAUAGCAGAAUAGAUAUAAGAAUUAAUUUCUAUUUGGAAUAAAGGUCAUUUAUCUUUUUCAGAACGAAUAGAUUACAUUAAACGAAUAAUCAAUAGUUCAAAUUCUACUGAAGAAUUGGAGUCGAUUUUGGAAGAGUGUUUAAUCUAUUAUCAAUAAAAUGAACUUCUAAUAGAGAAACUAUAGUAGAGAUAGUCAUUUAGAUCUCAGAUUUUGAAAGAGAAUUACUUGUGUUAAAAAAACAAGAAAGUAUUUGCAGCAUUAAAAAGUUUAACAUAUGAAAUUAAGGGCUUACUCAAAUAUAAAUUCUUUUGGAGGGAAGUUGACGUUGAUUAGAUUAUAAUGAUCGAUUAGUUUGAGUAAUAAUUAAUUGAAAGAGAGGAGAUGAAAGAAGAAAUCAAAAGGAAGGUCGAAAAAAAGUUUAAGUGA